AUGGCUCGAUCAACGGGAGAAGGCGGGAGUGCCGCCAACGGUAAGAAGAAAGCGUCCGCUACCAAGAAACCUCGUGGGUCGUCGGCGAAGAAGGGUUCGCCUGCGCCCUCCAAGAGAAAAGCCGCGGGAGCGAAAGGGAAGGGGAGGAGGAGGGUGUCGGACGACCAGAUCGCCAAUCAGCUCAAGGCGAGGCUGAAGGAUGUUGUCGGCAGAUUCGAAGAGGCGUAUCCCGAGGGACUGGAUUUUGCGCCCAACUCCAACGACGCAGACUUCGCGUGAACCAGCAAACACAACACCAGGGUUCUGUUCGGAGCGGCUGCCCUUUCGUCUGCGAGGCGGGUGCUCGGCUCACUCUUCGCUGUCAUCUAUCGCGCAGGGGCAGCACCAAGAGUUUCGGGGUUGUUGGCGAAGAGCGCGAAGGAGGUUCGACGCCCAUGCAAAGGAAGGAAACAGCUUCCAGGGACAGUUCGCGAGAGAUACCGACUCUUCUCUUCUGCAAGGGAUGAAUCGCAAACCCAGAAUGAGGAGGCCGGCAUGACGCGUGGUGUCUGGGAUCGGAACCACCAAGCACAGCCCGUAGCCCCCGUUCCGCGGCGAAUUUUCUGGUGCGGAAUGAACGGUUCCGGUUCGGCGACAAGUUGCGGAUAGAUGACCCCACUUGUUGUCUGUUACCAGUACAACCGAGGAGGUUCUGGGUAGGCCGCCACCGUCACUGCCACCAUCUGGCCGAGCUUGGAGCUUGCAGCGAGAUAGACGGAAUUGAUUUUUUUUUUUCCGGAGGGACUGUAGCAGAACGAGGGCACCACUCUUCCAACUGUCGA